AUGAAAAAGCCGGCGAUAGGCGACGCAGAUGAGGCCAAGCUAAUCGAAGAGCUUAGAAGUGGUGUUACGUCGAUCUUGAGGGGCUUGGAGCCAGAGGAGAUGAACACCGGCUCGUCUCGAGUCGCCAAGUGUCCGAGGAGAGAGAUAAUAAAUUCACCGUCAAGUGCACCUAACACAGCCGUUGGCAUUGGCACACAGAAAAAUGUUUCACAAGGACCACAGAUAGUUGGGAAGCAACUCGACCCAAGCUUGACCACUGGGAAGGCUAAAAGUAAAAAGAGACAUGCUUUUUCCCUAGCAUCAUCUGCUGAUGUUCGUGAGUGGGCACUUGCAAGAAUACGAGCAGCGCAGUUUCGUAUGCUUAAUGAAGAACUGUACACAACAGCAAGUGACGAUGCAGUGCAGUCAUUUGAAAGUGAUCCUCAGUCAUUUCAGGUUUACCAUGAAGGCUUCGAGCAACAAGUAUCCAAGUGGCCGGUAAAUCCUGUGGAUGUCAUCAUUGAAAGCUUGCAUAGCAUGCCAAAGUCAACUGUUAUUGCUGACCUAGGCUGUGGUGAAGCGAAGAUAGCACAGGAGCUCACAAGCAACAAGGUCCAUUCUUUUGAUAUUGUUGCUUUGAAUGGCCAUGUCACAGUCUGUGACAUGAGUAAGCUUCCUCUGCCCAGUCAAACUGUUGACGUUGCUGUGUUUUGUCUGUCGUUGAUGGGAACCAAUUUGAACAUGUUUGUUCUGGAAGCAAACCGCAUAUUAAAAAAGGGUGGUACCUUGAAAAUUGCAGAGGUAAAGAGCAGAUUUUCAACAACUCAAGGAUUUGCAAAGACCAUGAAAAAGUUUGGAUUUGAGCUUGAACAUCUGGAUGAAUCCAACAAGAUGUUUGUAUUGUUCGAUUUCAAGAAGAUCAGGAGCACGACAGCGCAUCCACAUCUUCCAACGCUCAAGCUGAUGCCUUGUCUGUACAAGAAGCGAUGAACUGUUCACCUACGAGGUUAGAAUUUCGCACCACUGUGAGCAAAACAUGGAGAAGAAAAGUAUAUGUUUUAUGCCAUAGCCCUGCAUAUGUCAGUGAGCAUGUAUGAGUCUGAUGGGGUAGAAAAUGCUGAUAAAGUGGAUUCCAUCUUGUCAUCUUGGCCAUGUUUAUUGGUUCUGAGUGGGCAGCAUGCUGAGAACACCUGCAAUCAAAUUGUCGUAACUUUUUCUUUACAGUAACAAAAUAUAUCAGCGAGGUGUGAGCAAUAAAUCUCCACUGUGCAUCACACUUGUCAGAUACCAUGUUGCAAUGUACAAAGCUUUUAGUGCACUAACAAACUACUCUGCAUGUAAGGCAGGACUCAAGUGCUAUUUCAUACACUGCAAAAAUACAUGUAGAACCUCUCAGUAGCGAAAUAUCAAACAUCACAUUUAUUGUUCAUGAUCCUUGUUUUUUAGGGACAAUGCACUUGCAGAAUACACAACCACUCAAUUCUGACACUGCUGAGGCAGACAAAAUGCUUCUUUUCUCAAGCCCAUAUGUAAUACCCAUAGCUGGAGGCCUCAGGUGAGCUCGAAGAACUUGUGUUAUACCGUAUUUACUCGAAUAUAGGCUGGCCCAGAUUCUAAGCCGACCCCCAAGAUUCGCAAGGCCAUAAAAAAAAACUUAAUCAUUGUACUCGAAUCUAAGCCGACCCCCCCCCCCCUCCCACUCUCGCACAUCGUUUUUUCAGAAAAAACAUCAGCUUAGAUUCGAGUAAAUACGGUAAGCAUGUCUGACUGGAGUUCAUGUGCUCAUGGUAUAACCUGGAGUCUCAAGCGACUUGAUGGCACCUAACACCACCUUUAGAAUUUACUUUCUUGGCUGUCUUCUUUCAGACAGGCAUAGAUUGGAUUACAUAAAUCAUCUAGAAUAUUAAUACAAAUUAUGCAGCCUUACAUCUAAAAUUUUUGCUGUGCAUUAUAAGCUGUUGCAGAGAGCAUCGAACCAGUUUUGGAUACCUGAGAUCUUUUAUUAUGAGUUCGAAUAUAGGUAUGUAUGGACACCCCUGCAUUCUGUGGCCAUUAGAAGGUGGUGAUAGUAUUCCAAAUCAAACUUGGUUGAUGUAUCUUUGUUGUGUUGUUGAAUAUUUUAUUUGACCUUGUCCACUAUUGGGCAGAGUCCUCGCAUAUGUGAAAUCAACUGUUAUGCUUCUGCACACAUUCUCACAAACUUGGAAAAAACAUGGACAAUAUUUUAUAUAGCCAACAUAGGUCCUUCAUGGAUGAUCCAGUGAUUGUCAUACUUGUCUUCAUUUGACAAAAUAUUUAGCUUCUUAGCUAAGAUGUCGACCUUUUACAGUAAAACAAAUAUUACGUUGUUGUUGUGAUUAACCUCCAACCACAAGCUAGUGGAGGUUUAUUUGCGGUUAGCCCUGUACAGUACAUUACCUUCGUAACAACAUUUCUUGAAUAAACAGUGCCUGUAAGGAAGCAUAGUGCUGAACACACUUUUGACAAACUGCUGUGAUGCUCUGGUAAUUGUCACUACAAGCCUCACAAUAUGCCUAAUGCAGCCAUUUUCAGUUUCCCUUGCAAAAAGUGCUGUACAUGCAUGUGUGUAACUCACUUAACACCACACUUGUAAACUUGUUUGUACAUGAGUUGCAUUCAAAUGUAAUGCCACACAUUUUUUUUUAUAAUGCAGUUUGGUUACCACAUUGGAGUAAGGGACGUUCAUAUUCUUUAUAUAUAAAUGUGUGUGUGCAAAAAUUAGCAUUGUCUUUAAAGUUACCACACUACUCGGCAUCCUACAGGAUCAUUACUAUGACACUGAUUCAGACAGUAAGAAUGUGGCAUUGUGUACAAGAUGUGAUAGCCUCUAGAAAAUGAAUGUGGGCCUUACGUAAGCAUUACAUUUGCUUAAACCUGUUUCCUUUCAACAGUCUGUGUUGGAGACAUGCAGCUCCAGCCACUGCGGAUUUUGUAAACCUUAAGUAAACAUUUACCAAAAGAAAAAUCAUAUGGCGUUAAAUUUCAUUUGGUGGCUUUAGUGUUCUUGCGUUACGUAUUAUAACAGGAAAAUAUUGUUGAAACGUAAAUGCCAGAAAUGGAGUGCUCAGAAUUGAACGCAUUCAGCAUGGAACUAACAUCAUAAGGAUGUGUCAGCACUACUACCACUUGGUUCUAAUGCCAGUUGACUGGCACCAUUACACAUGUAUUUAUGCACACAUAUUCGUGCUUGCACAGAUGAAUAAAUAAGUGAACUAGGGUAUACUGAAGAUGAAGGGAAUCACAGAAUAGUUCGAUAGAGUGGUAAUUUGAUGAAAGAAGCACCAGGUAGUGCAAUUGCUGUGCAGCUUCACUGCACAGCAACUAGUUAUUUUCAUUAUUAGCAUGCUUGACUGCAGUACAGGCUCGUGUUACAGCAAAUCGGUCGUUACGGAGUGCAUAUAAGACCCUUGCUAUACAAGAGAGAGAGAAGGAAUAUAGGAAAGGUCUGCGCUAAAAACAUGCACACAAAACAAGACGAGGACGACGACACGGGCAGCCCUUGUCGUUCUCGUCUUCUUUUGUGUGCGUAUUUUCAGCGGCAAACCAUGCAUUCAUCAAAUGGUGACUGGGCUUGACAUAAAAAGUAUGGUUGCUUUAAACGUGACUUUGAGAUUUAGAAAGUCUGACAGAAACCAUCUUGCAAUGAUUACUGUUAAAAGCAUCUGAAUGCGAGCCAGUUGGCACAUAUCCAUGGUUAAAAAAAAAAGAGCGAUAUAAACACGGACAAGUAAGGACACAGGACCAGUGCAGUAUUUGACAACAUCUGCGCUGGUCCUCUGUUCGUGCUCACCCUUGUUUAUAUAUACUGCACUGUUUUUUAUCUAAGAUACACUGUUUUGCUCAACACACCUUUAUUUACAGUCUGUAGUGGCGGUGAAUGCUAAUUUUUUUCAUACACUUAUGUGCCAAUGUGUCACUACAGAUGACAGCUUCUUCAUCUUUGGAUGGAUGGAUGAAUAAACUUUAUUUUGGUCCCUCGGAA